CAGUCUCAGCAGGAACGUCGGCGCUACAUCGACUUCGAGUCGAACAAAAAAAAAAAACAUGUUGAACUCGGAGUGUUGUUUGCUGUGCUACUCGGUCAUCGUGACGAUUGUAGCCGUUCUGUACGUUCUCUUCGACGUCAAUUACUUCAUUCGGAUCGGCUUCACCAUCGGCCUGGGCAGGCUCCUCGAGAAAAAGAAGAAAGUUCAAGAUGGAACGCACAUUUACGGAAUCUGUACAUCGCAGGACGUCGACAUAUUCUUCAGUCACAUGAACAACGCCCGUUACGUCCGCGAACUGGACUUCGCCCGCUUCCAUUUCUACGACAGGACCGGAAUAUACGAGGAGAUCAAAAAGCACAAGGGUCACGUCCUGCAAACGGCCUCUAACAUUCGCUACAGGCGCACCAUACCGUGGUUCAACACCUACAAAGUCACUACGAAGAUUGUUUACUGGGACGAGAAGACCCUUUACAUCGAGCAACAGUUUAUAACGCUACGCGACGGUUUCAUAAGGGCGAUAGUGCUGAGCAAACAGAGCACUAUCGGGUUGAACGUGCCCGAAAUUAUGGCCAAACUUACCGGUUGCGACGUGUCCUACAGGCCCAACCCGCCCGACGAGCUCCAAGAUUGGCUGGCCUCGAUGGAGAAGAGCAGCAACAGAUUGAGGAAGAAGGAUUGAAUUGAAAUGUUUGCGAUGGAGCAUCUUGCCUUGGUUUAAUUAUUUAUUUUUGUUGAGGGUUGGUUAUUUGUGUUAUUAAAUUUUUUUUUUGUAUUUGUUGUGGUGUGUGGUUUUACUCUAUAAUGUGUAUGUCAAUUUGUGUUAUAGAAAAGCGAAAUAUUC